UUUUCGGAGAAGGCAGGGGAGGAGCCGCCGCGCAGAAAAGCGCCGCCGCGUUAAAUACAAAGCGGCAGGGAUGAGCGGGCCCAGAGCACUGGAGGUGCCGCCCGCCCGCCCGCGGGAGCCUCGGCUCAUGCGGCGCCAGGCACGGCCCCCGCGCCGAGGAUGCUCAGCCGGCCGCCGGGGCCAGGAGUAGCCGCCGGGCGAAGAUUGGCUGCUGGAAAGCUGCCCUGCCGUAGCCACUGACGCUAUGGAAGACCGCAUCCGCUGGUCUAGGCUGUAGGAUGGUAGCGCACAGCAAGGUGUCAGCAGAUAAUGCAGUUGCAGCAGACCCAAGGUGUCUACUUGACCCUCCAGCACAGGAUCGUUCACAGGCUCGAAGCUACCAGGGCCCAGGCCGGCCUGGCACUGUGCAGGCACAGAGCAACACUCACUUCCGAACCUUUCGCUCGCAAGCGGAUUUCAGUAGCAUCACUCGAGCCAGCAGCCUACUGGAAGCCUGUGGCUUCUACUGGGGACCUCUGACUGUCAGUGCUGCCCAUGAGAAGCUGAAGUCUGAGCCUGAGGGCACCUUCCUCAUCAGGGACAGCACACAGAAGAAUUGCUUUUUUGCCAUCAGUGUUAAGACUGCGACUGGGCCCACCAGCAUCCGGAUAAACUUUCAGGCUGGGCAUUUCAGCCUGGAUGGCAGCAAAGAGACUUUUGACUGUCUUUUUAAGCUGCUGGAACAUUACCUAAGCUCCCCGAGGAAGGUACUGGUUACCCCCCUGCGCAAAGUCCGCAUGCAGCCCCUGCAGGAGCUCUGCCGGAAAAGCAUUGUGAAGACUUUUGGAAGAGAGAACUUGAACCAGAUUCCCCUCAAUCCUGUUUUAAAGGACUAUCUGAAAUCCUUCCCAUUUCAGAUAUAAGUACAGCAUUAACUGUAUAGGGACGUGUGAGAGAUGCGUGAAGAAAUCCAGCUUCCUGGGUUUUUAACCAUGUUUGACAGUGAGCAAACUUAUUUUUGUAGCAAUUUACUGUAUUUUGGGAUGGAACUUGAACACUUGACUUCUUAUGUUUACAAAAACUAUUUGCACAAAUCUGGGGUUUUAAAACCCUGGCAUAAUUUUUCUGCCAAGCAGAAUAUUUUAUUAUUUUAUAAUAUUUUUAAUGACAUUAACAUAAUAAAUUUUAUUGUGAAAGUUUUAAAAAAAA